GGUCUGACCCAAUUACGAGUAUUUUAAAAACCGUAGGCUACAUGUGUUUUAUUAUAGUCAAGACCGUACAUGUUUUUUUAUUGUGGUCAAGAUAUUAUUGUAGUCAAGAUAUAGCAGUCCGAUCAAACAAUACAAAAUAAAAGUUAUACAUCAAAAUCAAUAAGGUAAAUGCAAAAACAGGCAAUCAACUCAAAACAAUAAACCUUCUAUGGGGUUAUUUACAAUAGGAAUGACACAAUUACGAGUAUUUAAAAAAACGUGCAUGUGUUUUAUUGUGGUCAAGAUAUAGCAAUCCGAUCAAUAACUCAUGUAAUUCACCUCUGUAGGUGAAUACGGUAACAACAGGGUUAAAACCUGGGAAACGCCUACAUGGGGCGUGUUUAUUGUUGUGUCAAGCUGCCGAGAACCACCAAUAACUUCCGGUCAUAACCAAAAUAAGAUUCCUGACAAUUCCUUAGAGACAACCUAUGGUUGCAAGUCCCAGUUAAAAGUAAAUACUGUUUAGGACAUGUUAUUCUGACAAGUAAAGUGCAGUUAUAGUUCAUCCAUGUAAAUAACACGUAAACAUAUAUCGAUAUGUGAUAUAGGCCGUGGCGAGAAAAAAAAUAGUUCUUUAGUGGCGAAAAUUAGGUUUUAUUUUGAAAGGUAUAUAUCCUGUUUCCGACUAUAUUGUUGCUAGCUUGACGCGGCUGAGUUUAUGUAACAGGCCCACAGGACAUCUAGUCCUACGCCGUCCUACUGGUCACGUGUCAACAGAUGAGGGCACAGUUGCUGACUUCUUUAUUUUCAAUGGAAACACACUAAAAGGUAGAAAACCGUCCUCUUUGUGGAGCCUCUCACAUCUCCAUCAUGCAGUUGGAGGCUCAGCUGCGUCUUUGUCAGAGUUGUCUUUGGUGCUGCAAGAGCGGGCUGCGUCUGCUCUCCCAGAGCUAUGCACAAAGAAAAGCUGUGAACUACUAUGAUCUCCUGGGAGUCAAAUCUGACGCCUUGUCGGAGGACAUAAAACAUGCAUUUUUUGACAAAUCCAAAAAGCUGCACCCAGACAGUGACCCAUCCAACCCAGCGCUGCACAGCCUCUUCGUGGAGCUGAACGAGGCCUACAGAGUGCUGAGCAAAGAUCGGAGCAGGAAAGAGUAUGACUUCAAAAUGAGACAUCCAUACAGUGGUGGCCAGGCCUUCAGAUCUACCUCCAGUAACACAAGCUACACAGCCAGUGCCGAUACCCAGGAGAGCUUUCGUUACUGGGAGCAGUUUCGCCAGUCUCGAGCACAAAAGAUGACGUCAGAGGAGUGGCAGAGGAGGAGGAGGACGAACUUUCGCCUGGUGGGCUACUGCUUCAUGACCAUGGUGCUCGGCAUCGGAGCCCACAUACUCUUGUUCAGGAAACUGGAAGAAGUUCACAAUACCUUCAUGGACGAGAAAGAUCGAGCCAUCGCAGAAAUUUACAAAGAAUCCAAAGAGCGGGCUAGGGCCAACGGAUUUAAGAAACAGACCGAAAUCCUGCGGCAGAAACAUGCAGAGUUUCUGGAGAAAUACAACAUCCCAAACAACGGAGACGACAAGUAGGAGAGUCUCCAUCUGUGCUCUGUGACGAUGGAGUUCAAGCUGCCAGCUGGUGGGAGGCGGCAGACUGAACGUGGUACUUGUUUUAGGAUUUUAAAGUUUAUUUAUUUAAACAAAACAUUUUGACGUGUUUGUCCUCAGUUGUGAUGAUGAGGACUUGGAAGACACACAGGACAUGGGUGGUAUGUGUGAGGGUUUCCUCUGGUCAUUGGUUUCUUGGUCUGUUGAACCUUUCACGAACUAGAGAAUAUUUGAAGUGGUGUGACAGUCUAAAUGAUCCAGCUACGGUGACCAAGGAGCCACAAUGAACACAUGUUUAAACUGCCUCUAUUGAAUUCACAGGGACGGGACCUCUAUGGUGCUCGGCCUCACUGCUGCUUGGUGGGGCUCACAGGUAACAGAUCUAGUUGAUCUAGUCAAGACGAAACACACCAGUCAUGCCGAUAUGUUUCUUUCUGAACGAGACAUGUGUUAAAUUGAAAUUGUAUGUUAGUUUGCACACAAGGACGUUUCCGUAAUGUCCUCUGAGGUUUGAUGAGGCUGUUCGGGGAGAUGAUGGAGAAGGGUGAAGUGUAACACGUGCAAAGUCACGCUUUUUGGCAAUAAUAGUUCGUCAAGCAAAAGUGGCUGAAACAUGCUUCAAUGCCCAUUUACUUUUCCAGGUUAUGGAUCUUGGGACAUCGCCAUCAAACUCCUUCAUUGAGUUGACCCGGUGUGUAACUAGAAAUGCAACGCAAUGCCUAAUAAUAAUAAUACUAAUAAAAUGUCCUUUGGUUGUUAGAAAUGGAGUCAAAGAAGAAGGAGAUCAGUAUUAUGACUUUAAAAGAGUGGCUGAGUAAUUUAAAUGUCGUCCAACUAUUGUGUUAAAAUUGACGAUGAAAAUGUUCACAUGAAAUUCUAUGAAGUACACUGGUUAUUUCAGCACUUACCGCCUGUCCUCUCAGUUUUAUGAUAUUAGACAUUGUUGCCUUACCUAUUCCUUUCAGGGAUGUCAGAGGGAAAUGAUUAAAAGAUACACUUUUACUCAUCAA